AUGGCUGACCGGUACCUGAUCUCCAAGGCGGAGGUGCCCGAGGGCGCGGCCGUGCCCGAGCUGGUGAAGCUCCGGCAGGCACGGGACGAGAAGCUGGCAGCAGAGAAGAAGCAGGCGCUCGAAGAGAAGCAAAAGCAACGCCAGGAAGAGCGGGCGAAACUUAAAGAGCGGACUGAGGCUUACGAGAAGGAGUAUGCAGACACUGCCUCGGAGCUUGUGAAGCUCCGCCGAGAAGCGAAGCUCAAUGGAAACUUUUUCGUGGAGCCUGAGGCGAAGCUGCUGUUCGUCGUCCGCAUUGCAGGCAUCAUCAAGAUGAGCCCAAAGCCCAGGAAGGUGCUCCAGCUGCUGCGACUCAAGCAGCUGCACAAUGGCGUGUUCCUGAAAGUGAACAAGCCUAUCCUGAACAUGUUGAAGCUCGUGCAGCCGUACGUGACAUACGGCUACCCGUCCCUCAAGACGGUGCGUGAGCUGGUCUACAAGCGUGGCUUCGGGAAGGUGAAUAAGCAGCGCCUACCCCUUGCGUCCAACGACAUCAUCUCGGACAACUUGGGCAAGUACGGAAUCCACGGCAUGGAAGACAUCAUCCACGAGAUCUACACCGUCGGCCCAAGCUUCAAGCAGGUGUCCAACUUCCUGUGGCCAUUCAAGCUGAGCUCACCGAAGGGUGGUUUCAUCAACAAGCGUCACGGCUUCUGCGAAGCUCGAGGAGGCGACUGGGGCAACCGCGAGGAGCUCAUCAACGAUCUGCUCAAGCGCAUGAACUGA